AUGGUUCGCAGUGGCUCAGGUGUUGUUGCAAAUAUUUCUGUACAAUUAAACAAAUCAGAAAAGCAUGAUGCUAAAUUUUGUCUUUCACGUGUUCUUCUCAACGAUAUUAAUCUUGUAAAAUCCAGUAUGACUGAUAAAUCGAACAAAUCAACAUUGGAACAAAUUACAGACAAAAUGGAAGAACUUGAUGUCGAAAAAGAACCAAUAAAUGAAGAACUCGAUGAAGAAACACUAGCUAUGCAAGCCAUGGGUUUGCCUACUUCAUUUACAUCAUCAUUGAUUGAACGAGGCACACCUCGUCAGCGAACACAUUCACGAUCAUUGUCCAAUGAACCAAUGGCUGAUGAUUCAACUUGUGACGAUACUCAAAUAACUAGUCAUGAUUUAUUUAAAAAUGCAUUAGAUGAUUGGCUUGACCAUUGGAAUCGUGAUGGUUAUCAAUUAGCAACUAAUACAUGGACAACAAAUUCAGAGAUUCAUAAUCAUUCCGAUGGACAUGAUACAUCACAUUCAUCAGAUGAUUCAUUAAGCAAUAUUCAAAAUGAAGAAACUUUAGGUGAUCUUUGGCGUCAACAUUAUUUAUCGACCUAUGAUAAAUCUCUUCGCGAUUAUUGUUUUAAUCAUGAACUUGAUUAUGAAAAAUUUGUUGAAUAUAUAACAUAUGCUUAUGGUAAUAAUGGGAAUGAUUCACGAAUUAAAAGUGUAAAUCAAUUCGAUGACGAUAAUAAUGAAACACAUAAACGAAUGAAAACCGAUAGAAAUUUAUUUGAUGAAAAAAAUGCAACGAAAACUCAAUUCGAACGUCUUGGUCUUUAUUUGGAUGACUUAAAUACCUUAAAAAUAGAAUCAUCAUCAAUUGAUUAUACGAAAAAUUGGAGUCAAUUAUCUUAUGGUCUUAUUUUGAAGCAAACUAUUAAUUUACAUACACAAUCAACUGAUGAUGAUAAAAUGAUUAUUGACGAUCCGAGGAAUCAAAAUAAAAAAUCGAAAGGAAAAAAAUCAAAAUCAAAACAAAUUAUUCUCGAGAAGAAAAAUAUUCCGGAAGAAUUUCAUAAUGAUUCGGAACUUUUAAAAUAUUGGCUUCAACGUUAUCGGCUUUUUUCAAAAUUUGAUGAAGGCAUCGUUCUUGAUAGAGAAGGAUGGUUUAGUGUAACACCGGAAAAAAUUGCACGACAUAUUGCUAAACGUUGCCGAUGCGAUGUUAUUGUUGAUGCUUUCUGUGGUGUUGGAGGAAACACAAUACAAUUUGCGUUUACAUGUGAAAGAGUUAUUGCAAUUGAUAUUGAUCCGAAAAAAAUCGAAAUGGCAAAACAAAAUGCUCGAGUUUACGGAGUUGAAGAUCGUAUUGAAUUUAUUCAAGGUGAUUUUCUUAAAUUGGCUCCAACAUUAACUGCCGACGUAGUCUAUUUGAGUCCACCAUGGGGUGGUCCAUCGUAUGGCACUAUCGAUAUAUUUGAUCUUGAGAAAAAUAUUGAAUUGAAUGGUUUUCGAAUAUUUGAAGUUGCCAAAGCAAUAACAUCGAAUGUUGUUUAUUUCUUACCACGAAAUGUCAAUGUUGAGCAGGUUAUAUCGUUAAUGGAUGAUAAAUCAUCGUUGGAACUCGAACAAAAUUUUCUCAACAAUCGAUUAAAAACAAUAACGGCAUAUUUUGGUGAUCUAGCUAAGCAAACCAAUUAUUAA